AUGUUCCAACUCUCUGUGAUUUCUGAUCUCAUCCGAAUAUCGCCUCAUUUGUUCCAUCUUCCAACCGAGGAGGCAGUACAGAAUGAGCUGAACAUCAAAUACGCUAACAAAGUGAUCCACAAGCUGGGAUUGGUGGUUGCAGUUUGGGAUCUUCUGCAAGUGGAUGACGGUCUACUCAAACCGGGAGACGGCGCAGUGUUCAUCCACGUGCGAUUUCGCGUUGUUGUCUUCAAGCCAGUGGUGGGAGAAGUCCUCACCGGAUGGAUUGAGAGCUGCAGCGACGAGGGAAUAAAGGUCAAUAUGAAUUUCUUUAACGACAUUUUCAUUCCGAAAAAUUACAUGUUUGAAGGCUCGUACUAUUCCGCCGACGAUAACGCAUGGAUCUGGCAAAUGGACGAGGAGACAAAGCUGUAUCUAGACAUCAACGAAAAAAUCAAUUUCCGCAUUGAAAAAGAGGUUUUCAAUGACGUGCGACCAAAGGGACCAGACAACUCGCUCACUUCUAUAACCGCAGAUGACCAAACCAACGGAGCCGACACCGAAGACCGCAAAGUGCCGCCUUACGCGCUCAUAGCCAGCUGCCAGACCGAUGGCAUGGGUUGUGUCAGCUGGUGGGAGUGA